AUGGUAGCGGAAGGAAUGCAUUACUUCAUCGACAGCAUGCGGCUGCUAGGUGGAGGGUUGGGAGCUCUCCUCUUAGGACAGUUCUGUCAAGGCCAAGUGCUUCCGGUGGUCACGAAGACCGUAUAUAGAUCAUGCGCGACGACCACAACAUUCACUUUCCCCUCGCUCGGAUGGGUUUCCAGUGGUAGCUCCUCAUUACCUUACACUUUCACACCAUCGCCACUUUCCAGUCGAGGAGAUGUCACACUAUCGCCGGGGAUAUCAUCGCCGGGGGUGCCAUCGCCGGCGACAUCUCAAGGCGCUUCGCCAAUCUUUGACUCCACCAGCGAGCUGUCAACAGGUUACCCAACUGGGCCGUCGAUCUCUGACGGCCCCACGCUUUCAGCACCAUCUUCAGCUGAGACGCUACCCUCAGCAACGCAGUCGACCGAAGUGGCCUGCGCGUCAGCAUCGGUGCGCCCAAUAUCUUGCCCAGCAUCCAACGGUACCCUGUACUUCCCUCCUGGAUCAUGCGCCGGUAUUAGCGGCAACGACAAUUCCUAUCUGAUAUUCUGUGGUCGCAACUACGAAGGGACAGCCUCACCUACUCUAAGUGAUAUCCCAUCCGAGGAGGCAUGCAUUGCUGCGUGCACCGCAGACGCAGAAUGUGUCGGUGUCGGAUACAACAUUUUGUCGCAAAUGUGCGUCAAAAGCAGCGAUAUCAGGUUGGACAGCAUCUCAAGCGUCCCUGGAAUCAUAUUUGCAGUUCAAAGACGAUACUAUGUAUCAAUGGAACUUGAACAGCCCGCAGAAACCGUCCCGCCAGUUGUCAUUAGCACAAGCUUGAUAUCAACAUCGAUGGACGCCACAGUAUCACAAGGCGGCACAUUGCCAACGGCCGCUCCGAUUGGUAGUAGUAAUGCCCAGCAGAACCCGUCAAUAACGACCUCGUCUGAGCCAACCGAAUCUCCAAUUCCUACUGCUCCGACAGCACCUGGAACUUACGUCUACGGUGGCACUGCUGUCCGAGCAGUGAUCGGAGGCACGACACAAACAUUCACAUCGGGUGGGCAGCUCUCAACUGCAGUAACAGGGGGUUUGACCACAACUUAUACCAGUGGUGGAGUCACAACCACCAUCCCUGGACCAGUCCCAGAAGCAACAUCAAAUUCGGUUGAAGACGCCGUCAUUGGUGCAUGUCCGGCGUACGAUAGCAGAUCUUAUGAAGGCCCAGAGAGCGACGGCACGACAUACCUCGUAGCUUGCGGCGAGAUCUACAAUGGAACAAUCUCUGGCCGCGAGUCUCUGCUCAAACGUGCUGUCGGAGUAGAGUGCAUCUCCCGAUGUGAAGCAAUGGAGGAUUGUGCUGCUCUAUCUUACACCUCGGGCGAAUGCAUAUUCUUCUCCGAAGUCAACGGGCAAACUGACUCUGACGAUCCUACCUUCUCUGCUGUCAGACUCGAUUCAAACGAGGACGUUGGUGAAGAAGUGGACAGUUCGAGUUCUGCAAGUCAGUCUGUUACGAUCACGACUUUGGUUUCGACGAGUACCUCUCUGUUGGAAGUUCCUGCGACGACUACUACUAGUACUAUACUAGAAUCUUCAUUCACAGUCACUCUUACUACUACGGCGCGUGGAGAGACGACUACGAUUCUCUCGGUUUCUACUCGGGAUGCAAGUACUGCGGUUAUUGUCUUGCCGGCUUCGACAACUACUGUCCUGUUAACUACUUCAGUACCUGUUACUGUUACUGCGACACCCCUGGCUUCUAACGUUGUGUCAACGGUGACGGAAACCCCGCCGACUUUGACAGAACAGAUUACGAUCACGACGACAGUCACAUCUCUGAUUCCUGGUAGUACUGUCGUCUCCACUAAUCUCAUAACGACUACGAUUGGAAACGGAGUUGUUUCCACCUCGACUGAGCGCAUCACAUCUACGCUUCCCGCUUCGACGUUGACUAUUGUUCAAGUCGAAACAACCACGGCUCCAAACUCUAUCAUAGUGAGCACUUUGAUCAGCGUACCGCCGCCAUUUACACAGACACAACGAAUCACAGUCACUGGGAGCACCUACAACGUCACUCAAACAGUCACYUCGUUGAUCCCAGGAAGUACUGUGAUCUCAACAAGUCUUCUUACAACUACUAUUGGCGACGGCAUUGUUGUCACGUCGACUCAGCAAGUGACUUCCACUUUACCGGCCUCGACGGUGACUUCUCUACAAAUACAAACCACCACAGCGCCAGGCUCUAUCAUCGUAAGCACGUAUGUGCCUACGCCCGUGGUAUCUACGCAGUUCGAAACGCGCACAAUCAUUUCGACUAGACCAGCGCAAGUCGUCACAUCUUACCUACCUGGUAGCAUAGUCGUAUCGACUCAAACGACAACUUUGCCUGCGAGCACUCGAACAAUAUCGUACGAGACAACGAUACGAGAGACUGGCACCGCCCUCGUGACAACUACUGAGGCCGGUCGAACUGUCGUCCAGACCAUUACAAGCGCACUACCAGCUUCAACAUCAACUGUCAUCAGUGUGAGCACGGUUUCGGGCUCUACGAUCACCAAUUUUGUCACACGGACUGAGGCAGUGGUUACUGUUGUCAGUACUAAGCAAGCAGCAACAAUCAUAUCGACCAUCGUCUCCACUGCAGCAGCAUCGACCAUUCUCCAGCCUACCACCGUAAUCUCCACUCGUGAUGUGGUGAUGACCGCUGCUGGAUCCACAGUUAUCAUCGUUUCAACAACAACGAGCGUGAUUCCUGCAUCAACUCUCACACAGACGAUAAGAACGACACUCGCAGCAGAGACUGUCGUAAUGACCAAUUCUGUGCCUGGUCAGACGACUACAUUAGCCUUUACUACCACUCGUGCUGGGUCGACUAUUACAACCACAUCGCUAUCGAUCCAACCAGCGUCGACUGCGACAUUCACUACGAGCGUAGUAUCAUACAUCAGUUACGGCCGGGUGGCUUGUCCCGCAGACAAUGGUCAGAUGUAUACAGGUGCCGAUGGCAGUCUAUAUAUGAUCCUCUGUGGGGCUGACUACUCAGGAACCAGCGGUGACGGCAGCAGUGCUAACAUCUACGGUAUCAACCCCGUUGCUGCACGCGACCUGGGUGCAUGCGUCAAUGCUUGCACAUCCCAAGGUACAGCUUGUGUGGGCGUCAGCUGGCAAUCUUCCACCAGACGAUGCGAUCUGAAGAGGACCAUGUUCCCUACAGACGAAACUCUGACUACUGGAGGCUUCGACAGUGUUGUCCGUGUCUUUGCGGGAACAGAACCUUCCGCUGUAAUCGGCACAUCGCAACUUUCCAAUGGUGAUUUCAGUACAGGAGCUUUGUCGCCCUGGACCGUUGCAUUCCAGGAGGGUGCUUCAGUAGCGGCAUCUAACAAUUCCGCCGCCAUCUCCUUCACAGGCGAUUCGGGCUAUCUGAAUCUGCGGCAGACACUACAGUCCCCAGUCAGUGCAUCAGCUGGCAACGCCUACUACAUGACAUUCAGCAUCGGCACCUCAGGACUCACCCAAGACGGCGCUCUCGCUGUCGUAAAUCUAGGCUCAUAUGGACUCGGACUCCUCAACUACCCAGUAAACCAGCCGCAAACCAAAGUGCAUCUCAGCGGUCGCCUCGAUUCAGUCGACAUCACAACUCUCACCUUAAUCGCACAAUCUCAAUCCUCAGCCGCAGGCGGUAUACUCACCAUCGACGACAUCUCACUCAUCACAUACCCACAAAAACCCGGUAUAAAUCCAAUCCCAAUCCCCCCCGUCGUCGCAAACGCCACCUACACAUUCAACGACAUCACCAUCACGGAAUACAUCAUACCACAAUUAGAGUUCCGUCAGACGUUCACCUUGAACGCUAAUGCUCGGAUUACUCUGGCGGAUAGCAGUACCACCUGCUGGCUUGCGAUGAGUUUCUAUCCCUUUCAGCAGAGAGUUGUAUAUCAGACUUUUGUGACGAAUGGGACGGUGGCUAUUAGUGCAAGUGGAUAUUUAUUCGCUGUGACUACGAGUUUUGAUGUCGAGUUUCUUUGUCGGGGAGUUUCUGGCAGCGCGUUGACGAUUUCGUCGUUUUUCUUGAGGGCGUUUUGA